CAGUCUUACUACUCUGUCGCCCAGGCUGGUGCGCCUGUCACUCAGGCUGGAGUGCAGUGGUGUGAUCUUGGCUCACUGUAACCUCCACCUCCACCUCCUGGGUUCAAGCAAUUCUUGUGCUUCAGCCUCCUCCCAAGUAGAUGAGAUUACAGGCACCCGCCACCACGCCCGGCUAAUUUUUGUAUUUUUAGUACGGAUGGGGUUUCCCCAUGUUGGCUAGGCUGGUCUUGAACUCCUAAACUCCAGUGAUCAGCCCACCUCUGGCCUCCCAAAGUGCUGGGAUUACAGGCAUGAGCCACUGCGCCUGGCCAUCCCAUGAGUAACCAUUUUAAUAGUCUAAUGUGUAUCCCUCAACACAAACAUACACAAGGUGUUUUGUUUGUUCCAAAAAUAUAAUUAUGCAUAAUAUAUGUAGCUCUGAAACUUUUUCAUGUAAUAUUUUAUGGCCAUCCCUCCAGGUGUACAUAUAGUUCCAAUCCAUUCUUUUUCAUAGCUGGGUAAUUUCCAGAGUAUGAAUGCACCAAUUUACUCCUUUCCUUACGUAUGAACAUGCAUGUCAUUUCUAGUUUUUGUCACUACAAAGAAUUCUACAAGAAAUUUGUAGACAUCAGAUUCACAGAUGAGAUUGUGAAGGUCAAAGGGUACAUAUGUGUACUUUUAAUUUUAAUAUAUAUUACAAGAUGACUUCACACACCACAUUACCAGCGAAAGGAGUGCCUAUUUCUCCACCUUCAUUGUUUGAUAGGUGAAAAAUAUUGUUCCCUUUAAAAGUGAUAAUCUUGACUAGUAGUGUGGUUAAGCAUCUUUUUAAAUGUUAAUGACCAAUUAGUUUUCCUCCUCUGGGGAAGAGCUCCUCGUUGCCUUUGCUUUUUGUCAGUUGGCAGGGGUUCAUUUCGUCUUAGGAAUGUAUAAUCUUUUGUGUAGCUAAUCUUUACAAUUAUCUUCCAGUCUAUUUCUUGUUUGUUAACAGUCAAGAAAAAGUUCUUAAAAAAUACAAUCACACAGGUUUAUAUUUUACUUCAAGACAUCUCAGUUAUCUGUUUUGCCUCAAAGUUCAAACCAUAAUGCUUUGAUUAACGAAGGCUUUUUAGUAAAUUUUGAUCUGAAAAGGCAGAUAUUCCUCAUUUUUCUAGAAUGUCUUGGUGCCACACAGUUUUCAUACUCGUUUCUUUGUAACAUAUUUUAAGCCAUCGUCAGCCAUUAGUCAGGUAUAAUUAACUUUAAGAAGCAUUCAUUUAUAUUUUUACUUUUGUCAACUUUCUGGAGGCUGGUGUUACAUCGAGAAAUAAGGCCAUCCCUGCCCACAAGUUGUCCCAACCCUGAUCAGUGCUUCACUGGGGGGAACGAACUGAGUAUGGAUACAACGCACAAACACAGAACUCUGUUCGGCCUCCGUAGGAAGCUGAAAUUGAGAAAGGAAACCGAGACAGUACGAGAAGGGCAAUUAAGAUUUCGUUAAAAACAAGACGGCCGGUGCCGACGGCAGUGAAGUUAGCAAGCUGGAGUGGGCAAUGUAGGUGCUCCAGCUCUAACCAAUGGGAGUCACCGGAGCGGGGGCGGAGUCCCAUGGCGGCCACACCCUGUCCGCCUCCGCAGUCCUUUUAGUAAAAGGCGGAAACUGCGGAGGCGUCUUGAUCUGCCGGUCCGAGAGAUAGCUCGCUUCCUUCAAGCCUCGGGGCCCUGGGGUUAGCCUGGCCGCAGAUGGAGAGGUGCCAGCCCGUCAUGGACGACUAGAGCCAGCCUCCUGCCUUCAGUCUUCCAGGCAGAACCACAGAGAGGCUACAGCCGUCCUGGUCUCCCUCCGGCCCUGAGAGCUCCUCUGGCCUGUCUCAAGCCUUAACGUCUGAAGCGCAGACUGCCGGCUCCGAACGGGGAGACCAAGCUUCUGCACCGGAACAAGGCACCGGUUGUGACGUCACAGCCGCAGAACGCCCGACCUCCCAGAAGGCACCGCGUCCCUGCGGUUCUCCUCAACUGGCAGCGGCGCGAACGAAUAGUCGCCGGCGACCUGUGAGGGCACUCGGAAGGGCGAGGGGAGGGCUCGGCCGCUCGCGCCUAGUUUUUCUAUCUCUCCCGGAGCUUGAGUCUCUGAGCCGUCCCCAGCAAACGCUCAGGGGCUGCAGAGGCCCCGAGAGCGGAAGAGGCCCCAGAGUGAGCCUGGCCCGGCGGGCCUUAGUGGGAUGUCGCCUGCCGCUCUCAGCAGAGCUUUGACGGCGGAGAGGAGUCGGCAGGCGGUGUGUGGACACCUCCUCGGCCUUGCGUCUGCUCCCCGGGAGAGUCACCAACCGCCUCCCCCCCCAAAGGGCACCGGAGGGAGCUUCGGUUCGAGGGCUUGGCUCUCUGGCAGAUUUCCUCUAGUAAGAGGUGGCUCUGGAGGCCCCGCGAAACGAGUGUGGUGUGUGGUUGCAAGGCAUGAUGGCUGCAAAAGUGGUUCCUAUGCCCCCAAAGCCAAAGCAGUCCUUUAUACUGAGAGUUCCGCCAGACUCCAAGCUGGGCCAAGACCUACUUCGAGAUGCCACUAAUGGGCCCAAGACCAUCCACCAGCUAGUGCUGGAGCACUUCCUCACCUUCUUGCCCAAGCCAAGCCUGGUCCAGCCCAGUCAGAAAGUCAAAGAGACCUUGGUUAUUAUGAAAGAUGUGAGCUCAAGCCUUCAGAACAGAGUGCAUCCUCGUCCCUUGGUGAAGCUUCUGCCCAAAGGAGUCCAAAAAGAACAAGAGACAGUGUCUCUGUAUUUGAAAGCUAACCCUGAGGAGCUGGUGGUCUUUGAGGAUUUAAAUGUAUUUCACUGCCAGGAAGAAUGUGUGAGCUUGGAUCCUACUCAACAACUCACCUCAGAGAAGGAAGAUGACAGCAGUGUCGGGGAGAUGAUGUUACUGGUCAAUGGCAGUAAUCCUGAAGGUGAAGAUCCUGAGAGGGAACCUGUAGAAAAUGAAGAUUAUAGAGAAAAGUCUUCAGAUAAUGAUGAAAUGGAUUCUUCCUUGGUCUCUCAGCAGCCUCCCGAUAACCAGGAAAAGGAACGACUAAAUACAUCCAUUCCACAAAAAAGGAAAAUGAGAAAUCUGUUAGUUACCAUUGAGAAUGAUACUCCUCUAGAGGAACUCUCAAAAUAUGUAGACAUCAGUAUUAUUGCACUUACUCGAAAUCGGAGGACAAGGAGAUGGUACACUUGUCCACUGUGUGGGAAACAGUUUAAUGAAAGUUCUUACCUCAUUUCCCACCAGAGGACCCACACUGGAGAAAAACCCUAUGACUGUAGUCACUGUGGGAAAAGCUUCAAUCAUAAAACAAACCUCAAUAAACAUGAGCGAAUUCAUACAGGAGAGAAACCUUAUUCCUGCUCUCAGUGUGGAAAAAACUUUCGUCAGAAUUCUCAUCGGAGUCGUCAUGAAGGAAUCCAUAUAAGGGAGAAGAUAUUUAAGUGUCCAGAAUGUGGGAAAACCUUCCCAAAGAAUGAGGAGUUUGUGCUUCAUCUGCAGAGUCAUGAGGCUGAGAGACCAUAUGGUUGCAAAAAAUGUGGGAGAAGAUUUGGUCGGCUGUCAAACUGUACCCGGCAUGAGAAAACCCACUCAGCCUGUAAGACCCGAAAGCAGAAGUAAUACUGGGAACCCUUUCUGGGUCUGAUGGUGCUGCCUCAACCGGAGAGCUUUCAUAAGUAGUUCUGAAUUCCCAAGCUGCCUAAAAAGAUAUAAAUGUGUAAAAACCUCAUUAUUGCCAAAAUUGGAUAAAUGUCCAUCUUAGCUAAAACCUCAAAUUGCUAGAAAAUUCACAGGGAAGAAAACAUUUCAACGGCUAUACCUCAGCAUCUAGGCUUUUUGGACUAAGGAGCUUUCCUUUUUGAAGUUAUAUGAUAAUGUACAGGUCACAGAUCCCCUUUCCCAACACUUUGAAGAUGAAUCUGGAGUCUGCUUACUUGCAAGGCAAAGAGUGACUUGUGUCUAUUGAAAGUAUAUCCAUUUUCCCCCAACAUGGGGAUUCAUACUUGAGAAAUAGUGCAAAGAUGCUUAUCUGGAACUGUGUUCUGGUGAAAGAACCAAACUACUGGCUUGUUAGCCAACAGCUUCUGAUAGCAAUUCAUAUAACCCUCUAAGAAUACCUGUUUAAGUCUUGAGUGUUGAAAGGAAUUGUUUACUUUGGAAUAUAGAAAAACAAUUGAAUGUCAGACUCUCAUUUGUAUGUGAUCUAAAUUUGCAAUCAAUUUCAAUAAUAUUUGCAAUUUGCGAUAAAA